UAGCACAGUUCCCUAGGUCUCUUGUACUUCCCCUUGUCGUCUCUCUUUCUCAAAUAAUCUUCAAAUUAUUACUGGUAUCAAUCUCCGUUGUUGUAGAUAGAUAAUCCAUCCCCCAUUGGAGAUUUGGGGAUGAAAGAGUCAAUCAAAAGCAGUACCAGCAGCAGCGAUGAAGCUGUCUGGGAAAUUAGACCCAGCGGCAUGCUUGUUCAGAAGAGAGAAAACGAUGCUGCCUCUAAUCCCACUAUCAUCAUCAAGGUCUCGUAUGCUUCUCAGGAAUUUGACCUUCCUGUGCCACCUGAAUUCACUUUUGGUGAAGUAAAAAGUAUCCUUUCCUCAAUAAUCGGUUUGGAGCCUAAGGUGCAAAAACUUCUAUUCCGGGGAAAAGAAAAAGAAGAUCAUGAAUAUCUGCACUUGGUUGGUGUGAAAGACAAUUCCAAAGUGUUAGUUAUGGAGGAAGAAAUGGUUGAGGACAAAAUUCCUGAAGAGGUUAGGGUUACCACUGAAAUAUCAAGAGGAGCCGAAGCUGUUGUUGAAGUGAGAACAGAAGUGGAUAAGCUCUCAGAGCAGGUCUCUGCUGUACAAGCAGUCGUGUUUGGUGGUACUAAUGUUGAGGACAAGGAUAUUAUCCAUUUGACAGAAAUGCUGAUGAGACAGCUACUGAAAUUGGACGGCAUUGAGGCUGCAGGAGAAGGAAGAGUACAAAGAAAAUUGGAGGUUCGUCGUGUCCAAAACUUAGUAGAGACGAUGGAUGCAGUAAAAGCAAGAAAUUCCAAUCCCUUUAUCAACAACAGUAAUGCCGUGUCAGUGACUACUCAAUGGGAGACAUUUGAGUCGGGGGUUGGAAGCCUGAACGCUCCACUACCACCUAGACCUGUACUUGAGGUUGGAAGCAUGAACGCCCCAUCUCCUCCUAGACCUGUGCUUGGGGUUGGAAGCAUGAACGCCUCACCUCCUCCUAGACCUGUGUUUGGGGUUGGAGGACUGAACACCCCACCACCUCCUACACCUGUGCUUGGAGUUGGAAGCAUGAACGCCUCACCUCCUCCUAGACUUGGGGUUGGAGGACUGAACACCCCACCACCUCCUACACCUGUGCUUGGGGUUGGAAGCCUGGCCACCCCACCUCUUAGACCGCCCUCAACUAUAGUGACCGAGGAUUGGGAACAAUUCGAAUAGAGUAGCUGUAUACGUUUCCAUGUUAUGAUUUUGAAGAAACAGAAAAUGCCAGUUAUUAGGCACUAGUGACCACUAUUAUUUUGUCAUCUAUACUGUCGUUACAGUUAAAUAUUUUUGGUGGAUGUAAGUUCAUGAUCAGGCAAACAUAGAGGUUUAAUGAAAUCGUGUUGGUAAGUUACUUCUGUGUGUUGUAUAAGAUUAAAUCAAAGUUUAGUGCAUAAUUCUUUUAUU